AAACUAAUCGGUUAAUCAACACCUCGCAACGCUUACUUAUGACUUUGACAGAGUGUCCGAAAAUCGUCUAGAACUAAAGUGAUACGAUAACCGAGUGAUACACGAACUCCAAGACUGAGUUACCGCCGGUUUUGUGCCGGGACAACUUCGCGGAUCUUGGAGCUCCAGAAACUAUGACCGUAACCGCCUUUGCUGCCGCCAUGCACAGACCCUUCUUCAAUGGAUAUUCUACCAUGCAAGACAUGAACAGCGGCCAGGGGCGCGUCAAUCAACUAGGUGGAGUCUUUAUCAACGGUCGUCCUUUGCCCAACAAUAUUCGCUUGAAAAUCGUCGAGAUGGCCGCCGAUGGCAUCCGACCAUGUGUGAUCUCCAGACAGCUGCGCGUGUCUCAUGGCUGCGUAUCGAAGAUCCUGAAUCGCUACCAGGAGACGGGCUCCAUUCGGCCGGGAGUGAUUGGUGGCUCCAAGCCGAGGAUAGCCACGCCCGAGAUCGAGAACCGGAUUGAGGACUACAAGCGUAGCAAUCCCGGAAUGUUCUCCUGGGAGAUCCGCGAGAAGCUCAUCCGCGAGGGAGUCUGCGACAGGAGCACAGCGCCCUCGGUCUCAGCCAUUUCCCGCCUGGUGCGUGGCCGAGAUGCUCCGCUGGACAACGAACUCUCCUCCGCCUCGGAAUCCCCCUCGGGUGGUGGUGUCACCAAGGCCUCCAGCUCCUGCGGCUCGGAUGUAUCGGGUGGCCAUCACAACGGCAACAACAAGCCCUCCGAUGAGGACAUCUCCGACUGCGAAAGUGAGCCGGGAAUCGCUUUGAAACGCAAGCAACGCCGCUGCAGGACCACCUUCUCCGCCUCCCAGUUGGACGAACUGGAGCGCGCCUUCGAGCGGACUCAGUAUCCGGAUAUCUACACCCGUGAGGAGCUGGCCCAGCGCACUAAUCUCACCGAGGCUCGCAUCCAGGUGUGGUUCAGCAACAGGCGGGCUCGUCUCCGCAAGCAGCACACCUCGGUUUCGGCUCCCGGAGUCGCCGGGGUAACCUCUGGAGUAACCUCCUCCUCCACCACCCUGCCCAGCGUGGUCUCCACUGGAGUGCCCAGCAUGGCGCCGCUGGCCAUGAUGCCCGGCUCCCUGGAUGCCAUUUCCUACCAGCAGCAAUACGAUUUCUACGGCACUCACGCCAACAUUUCCGUAACCGCCGGAGGAGCUGCCAUGGCUCCCAGUAGCAAUCUGUCGCCGGGAAUCACGACCACACCGCCGCACCAUCAUCAGUUUUAUAACCCCAGCGGAAAUACCGCCAGCUAUAUAAUGCCGGGGGAGCAAGGCAACACCACACCCACUGGAAACAUCCUAGUGUCCAGCUAUGACACCCAAUUGGGAUCGGUUUAUGGAGCGGCUGAGACGGAUGCCCACCAGACAAUGCCGCGCAACGAGAGUCCCAACGAGUCGGUGUCCUCCGCCUUUGGCCAACUGCCGCCCACGCCCAACAGUCUUUCAGCGGUGGUGAAUGCAGGAGGAGUAACUACCUCCUCGACAGUCGAUCCCUCGCAGUCGCUGGCCAAUGCCAGUGCUGGAAGUGAGGAGCUAUCGGCUGCGCUGAAGGUGGAAUCGGUGGAUUUGGUGGCGGCCAGUCAGUCCGGUCAGUUAUACGGCGGUUGGAGCUCCAUGCAGGCGCUGCGUCCCAAUGCCCCACUCUCCCCGGAGGACUCGCUGAACUCCACCAGCUCGACGAGCCAGGCCUUGGAUGUGACCAGCAGCCACCAGAUGUUCCAUCCGUAUCAGCAUGCCCCGCAAUAUGCCGCAUAUCCCUCGGCAACCGGCCAUCACUCGCAUCCGCAUCACGGACAUCCACAUGCGCCACAUCCGCACGCCCAUCCGCAUGCGCAUCCGCAGUACGCUGGCGCACAUCCGCACUAUCCGCCACCCAAUUCGUCGGCACACUUUAUGCCGCAAAACUUCAAUGCCGCCGCCUUUCCAUCGCCCUCGAAGGUCAACUAUGCAACGAUGCCGCCACAGCCGUUCUAUCACUCCUGGUACUAAGCGCCAAGGAUCCUCCACCUCCAGGAGCAGGUGUCACCAGAUCCCAGGGACAAGUCGCCAAAGAUGUACAUAAAAUAUACAUGAUGUAGCUCGGGGGAGAAGCAUAAAAAUAACAUUUUUGUGUAUGUGGGGCAGUACAGACAUUUUCCAUGUGGGAAAACCUCUGACAGACUCGCCCCGAAAAUAGUUCCAAUUUGUAGACCUAAGUAUCUAGUAUCUAAUAUAGUUAAGAGGAUAAGUAAGCCUAAGUAGCAAGUGCCUUGAAAAUAAA